CAGCGCAUUUUCAGGUACGAAUUCCUUCACUCGAUGGCUCCGUCGUUGAAUCUCCCACGCCACUGCGUUAAGGAACUCAAUGACGAGUCCGAUUUCGAAGCGUUAGCUUCACCGGACGGUUACAUCUCCAUAUGCGGCUUCGGUUCUCUCCUCUCCGAGAAAAGUGCCAGAAGCACGUUCCCUGACCUUAUUAACUUCAGGAUAGCCAAGUUAACUGGCUUCCGCCGUGUCUUCACGAUUGUCGGAGGUUUCUUCUUCACUCACGGCAUUGCCAAUAUCAAAACUCAGGAAGUUGCAGCACUCUCCGUGGAGCCUUGUGAAGGCGAAACAAUUAUUGUCACUGUUUUUGAGAUUAAAAAAACAGAGAUACCAGCUUAUAUAGAAAGAGAAAGGGAAUAUCGAUUUUUGGCUGUUUUUCCUGAAUCACUGGAUGGGGAGCCUUUUGCCAAUCCAGCAGUCCUUUGUGCCUCUUACACCGAUGAGGAAUUCUUUAAAUUUAGAUGCAAAGAGAGCAAGGAAGUAUACUUUCAACAAUAUGGAGAAUAUGAAGUCCACAAAAUUUGGCGGGAUGAUGUUUUACCAUGCCGUGUUUAUCUUCGUCACUGCGUGCUGGCAGCAAAAAGCCUUGGUGAUGAAGCAUACAAUAAUUUUCUGGACCACACGUACCUGUCAGACCGUGAAACAAGCAUACGCAAGUACUUUGAAAGAGUAGGUUCAAGCAUCAUGGAUGAAGAGCCUCCUCAGUCUUUGAAAACUCGUUACGGUGGUUGAUAAGAAGACAUGGGGCCGGGGAAGCAGGUUCAAGCCAACCAAUGAAUCGGAGACAUUUGAAGUUUAAAUAUCAAUUGAUAAAUUGAUGGGAACAGCCACGUAGAGGCAGGCUCCACCUAUAUUAGUGAAAAUUGUUUAGAUCCAGAACGUAUAUGUACAUUUAUUCCUUAUGAAAUAAAGACUGUAAUUUUAA